AAACAUAGGUUGAAAGUGGAAAGAAAAAAAAAAAGAAUUGGAAAGGGAGUGAGGUAGGGGUCAUCAUCAACCUGACCCCGUUUGUCUCCUCACAAGUAUAUCUUCGCACGUUAGGAACGUAGAUGCUAAUUUCAGUCCGUGUAUUUGGAAAAAGAGGUUGCAAAGAGCAAGAAACACCCUCUCUUCUUUUUUGCAUUUCCACUUCUUUCACUACACCAUCCAAGUUCCAACAUCAACUAAACUCCUUCUAUGUUCUAACUCUCUCUCACCCUCCAUAUUCCUCAACUUCAAAUUCUUUCUUUUCUAUACCAUUUUCUCUCACCAAAGUCAGCUUUACCUGAUUCCUUUGUUUAGUUUGAUUUAUUGUGAUUUCAUUGGUUCCUUUCUUACUUUAAGGAACAAGUGUGGCUAUAAUAUAACUCUGGUGUACAUAAUCACAUAGAUGAGGUGGUGUGGAGUUGGUUUAUUUUCAUUUGUUCUCCUUUUUUCUAACUUCAUAAAUGGUGAUAAUGAUUCAAAAUGUAAGUAGCUUAGGGAAAUAAAAGUUUGUGGAAACUGGGUAUUCAGCACUAUUUUUAAAAAAUAAAACUUUAGUCUAAUUUUUGGAAUCUGCAUUGGUUUCCAUAAGGAUUAAGUGGGAAGCAUGAAGAACUUAUACUGGUUCAAAGAGAUUUCUAACAACGUGAGAUCAGGGAGAAGGCUUUCACUAGGGGAAUACAAGAGAGCAGUGUCAUGGUCAAAGUAUUUGGUCUCUUCUGGGGCGGCCAUAAAGGGAGAAGGAGAAGAAGAAUGGAGUGCUGAUCUGUCUCAGUUGUUCAUAGGGUCAAAAUUUGCCUCUGGCAGGCAUAGCAGGAUCUACAGAGGCAUCUACAAGCACAUGGAUGUUGCAAUUAAGCUGGUGAGUCAACCUGAGGAGGAUGAGGACUUGGCUGUUUUGCUUGAGAAGCAAUUCACUUCUGAGGUUGCUUUGCUCUUUCGAUUGCGCCAUCCAAAUAUCAUUACUUUUGUUGCAGCUUGCAAGAAACCUCCUGUGUUCUGCAUAAUUACUGAAUAUUUGGCUGGGGGUUCCUUGAGAAAAUACUUGGUUCAGCAAGGGCCACAUUCAGUUACUCACAAAGUUGUUCUGAAAUUAGCUUUAGACAUAGCACGGGGAAUGCAAUAUCUUCAUUCUCAGGGUAUACUUCACAGGGAUCUCAAAUCAGAAAACCUGCUGUUGGGGGAAGAUUUGUGCGUAAAAGUAGCAGAUUUUGGGAUCUCUUGCUUGGAAUCUCAGACAGGCAGUGCAAAAGGAUUCACUGGAACAUACCGUUGGAUGGCACCUGAAAUGAUCAAAGAAAAGCGUCACACCAAGAAAGUAGAUGUCUAUAGUUUCGCCAUAGUUCUAUGGGAACUAUUAACAGGAUUGACGCCAUUUGACAACAUGACACCAGAGCAAGCAGCAUAUGCUGUGACUCACAAGAAUGAAAGGCCUCCGUUGCCAUGUGACUGUCCAAAGGCAUUUAGCCAUCUCAUCAACAGAUGCUGGUCAAGCAACCCUGAUAAAAGGCCACAUUUUAAUGAGAUAGUCACAAUUUUGGAGAGCUACAUUGAAGCACUUGAGCAGGAUCCAGAAUUUUUCUCUACUUACAAACCACGUCCUAAUAAUAUAAUUCUCAGAUGCUUAUCAAAAUGUAGUAAUAUAUUUGCUUCUUGCAAAGCUUAGCAUUCUCUUUCCGAUAAUGUAACAUGAAUUGUAUUAAAUCAAUCCCAAGAACCAAAAAUAUGUUUAAUUAAUAACUAUAUUAAUCCUCUUCCAUAUUA